UCGGCGGCCGGACUCCGCGAGUGUUGUAUCGGAUAUCUUUGUGUUGUAUCUUAAUAACUUUAAAACACUAUUUUGCAACACGUGCUUCAGUUUAUUUAUAAAUUUUUCUAACAGUCAAAUAUCUUAAUAAUUAUUAAAGUUUUUAAUUAUUUUAAACAUGUAAAUACGCAGUUUUUAAAAAUAGAAAGUGACUAAAGUUUGUAGUUUUUUUAAGUAAGUUAGUUAUAAUAAUUGCAAUAAAAAUAGUAAUAAGGAAAAGUCUAGAAACUUACACACUUAAAUAUCGUUCUGCAAAAUGACAAACUCGCUGAAGAAACAAUUGUGACCGAUGAACCAAGUGAUAAAAAUAAAUCGUUAAAAAUUUCGGCAUUAAGCCAAAUGGACUCAAGUGAAAUAUUUAUCGGGUCACUUGAUAAGAAUAUUUAAAUAAUAUCCAUUGGCUUAAAAUAAAAAAACUUAAAUUGUAUUUAUUGAAAUAAAAGCUGACGAUAAAUUUAAUUUAUUCGCCGGUAAUUAAAUCAUGAAAUAAAUUAAUAAACGAAAAAUCAUGAAACUUUUUAACAACCUCUCACCUGUCAAUCUCCCGUAAAUUCAUCAAGCGCUGGUAGCUUAAAUAAAUGCAUGCAAACUGUUUCAAAAGCUCGAUCGCACGUGAUCAUACAUAUUCAAAGGGCGUAUGUAUCCCUGGAAAGGAAAAAUUUUUUUUAUUUCUCCACUAGGUGUGUGUCGUCUCUCUAAACGAGCUCCUAUUUUCAUAACAAAGCAUAAAAAUAUUAAAAAAGUAAUAAUUGUAUUUAAUCGAUCGGAAUUUUUAAUAAAAUUCAUGGAUUUGCUAAAUAUGAUAUGAUAUAUUACAAAAUGUGACACAAUAUUUGACAUUGAGAUAUCGUGAAAAUCUUUUCCAUUUUGACGUUAAAUAAAAUAUAAUAUUUCAAACGCAGUGUAUACUUUUUUUCCAUUUUCAAGAUAUCUAGAACAUGAUUAUAUUUUUCUUUCCUUUUAUUGAGUCUCAGGUGUAAAAAGAAGUUCCACGUAUGCACGUGAUAUAUUAUCUUUUCUAACAUGCAAUGUAUAUUAUAAAAAAAUAAAAAUAUAAAUAAAAUAUGAUAAAAUAGAGUAGUUGUUAUAACGAGACAAUUAACGUAAAUGAUGUUUUAAUUAUUGAGUACUGUUGGCCGUAAAUAAAAUUAACUAAAUACAAUAAUUAAAGUGAAUAUGUAUUAUGUAUAGGAUAGUGGUCGAUAAAACGUUUAACGAAAAUUAGUAAAAACAUUUUGGUAUCGUAAAUUGACAAGUAGAGGAGAUUUGCUGUGGGAGGUUUUGGUUGGGGUGGACAAGUAUAAUCUAACCGGGUUCAACGUCAAAUGAAUGUGUUUGCCCCGGGCAUUUGUGAUAGUGAUAGUGAAAUCGAGAGACGGCAGGCGUACUCGAUUUAAAUACAUAAAUGUACGAGAGGUAUCCACAAUGGUGGCCCGGCUCCCGCAACAAGUUCUUCUGCUUCUCGUGCUCGUUGUUAGAGUCACUCCGGGAAGCACCGACAGAACAAAAGAGCCGGAACAGAGUGACAUGGUUAGUCGAGGAAAUACAGCGUCAUUGGACAAGGAAUCGACAAGAUUCGAGUCACUGGAAGGAGUAACGGGAGUCCAAAAAGAGGAUCAUCCAAAGAGAGUUGAACGUCCGAAAGUGUCAAGUCCCAAUAUCCCAUCAGCAAAAAUGAUAUCGUCCGCUCACAUCAAUGCAUUGACUGCUAUAACUGAAAGGACUUCAUAUCUUAGCGAUAACCGCAAGAUGGAAAACGAUAUUGAUCUUUUGGAGCUCCGGAAGGGGGAAAAAAUUGAUAAAACUAAUGGAGUCUUGCUUGGUACGACUAUUUCCCCAUUCACCAAGCCGGGUUUGCCGAAUCGAGUUUCAUUCCAAUCAGUUCCCAACCAAUUGGCCACUCCGGAAAGAAAGGAAGCCCGUUUAACGAGUCUCAGUGGUUUCCUUGCGACCACCGACUCGGGCAAGAGAUUCCAGGAGUUAGGACAGAGCAAAUUUCCGAGAAUAAAAUCCGUAGAAAUUGAGGGCCACCGAGGAAAUGUCAGACAGACUCUCGAUGCUGAGGAAACCGCGGAAACCACCCAAGUGAGCCCCAUUUCGCUCGGUUCAAAAACUCAAAUGGACUUGGUCCUCACAGCUGUAGACAGCGACGACUCUACGAAUCACUCACAAAUCGAAAACACCAUUGAAAUAGUCUCCAGCCAUCCAUUGAGAUUUCAAUCAGAGGCUUCCGUAAAACAGGUGACACUUAUUUCCACUUCUGUGACUACAGGAUCCAUUGAUAAAGAUGAGUUUAUUCAUUCAACGGUAAAUCGAUGGACCCGGAAUAAAAAUUCAGAAACUACCCUGCCGAGCACUGCGGUCAGUCUUCCUCGACGUUACAUGCGGGACAUAACAGAAACCAAUUGUGACAAGUUCGAAAUUGGCGAUGAAACCAAAAGAGAGUUCUACAGCCCCAACUACCCACUCAAUUAUCCACCACUCCAAGACUGUGUAAGAAUUCUCGAGGCGGAUAAAGGGAUGCUAAUAAAACUCGAUUUCCGAGAUUAUUUUGAACUGGAAGCUCCAAUGCCUACCAAUGACAAGGAACUAGAGUGUGCGUUUGAUUAUCUGGAGGUACGAGACGGCUACUACGGAUUUUCAACUCCGGUUGGCAACUACUGUGAUAAAAAUUUCCCGCCUGAAAUUACAUCCAGAUCCCGUUAUCUCUGGCUACAUUUUCAUAGUGACGAUACUAUCGAAUACAAAGGGUUCAAAGCCAUUUGGAGUCAAGUACCGCGGCCUACUUAUCUCGGAGUACCACCCGAGCCGGAACCUUGCAUUAAAUACGUGACUGAACAAGCCGACGCAGAAAUUAACGACACCUUGAUUGGAGAAGAGAGAAAAAUAGCCCAGAAAAACAACGUGCCGUUGGACUGCUUGUGGAUCAUCAGGGCUAAAGAGAAAUGGCGGAUACAAAUGACAUUCGAGUAUUUUAAAUUGGAAAAACCAAACGACUGCGACGCAAAUUUUCUCUCUAUCUUUGACAAAAAAACAGAGAUGAACUCGCUGGUGAAAAAUUUCUGCGGCAGUAUUGCGGAAACAGUAAACACUAAAUCGAAUGUCAUGUAUAUGAGAUUUUACUUGGAAAUCAAAGCGAUCAAUAGCAGUUUCAAAUCCCUCAUGACUGCCAUUAGAGACAAGGAGCCGAACGUCCAAUCGUGUGAAGAUGAUGAAUAUGAUUGUGAUGACGCAACAUGUAUCGCUGGACAUUUACGGUGCAAUAAGCGAGAAAACUGUCGCCUGAAAUGGGACGAAGAUGUAUCAAUCUGUGGGCCUAACAAAAGUUCAAUUGCCUUUGACUCAACGAGAAUUAUAAUAAUCCUUGUAAUAUUCUCGUUAAUAAUGUUUGGGAUGUGUUUUUCCUUUAUAUUCAACUGCGUUCGUAAGCUCCAUCGUGAUCAUCGAAUAAUAAAAGAGCAUAUUCGGAUGUCUCGGGAAAAUCGGCUGGAUGAAAUCGGUCGGAAAGCAACGCCGUGUCCUUUGUCCCAAUCUCAAACAGAUAUCCAUCAGCGUGAUAGCAAAUCACCGAGUCUGGAGAUCCAAGAACCAAGCAAAGAGCUGGUAACAGGUGCAACACUGAUAGCCCACGACUACACUACUAAAGAACACGUCCUAGAAAUCAACUACGCCGGUGUCGAGAUAAACGACAUUCAUCAGAGUAAUAACAUGAGUAACGCAACGCAAGAACGUUUGCAAGAAUCCAACGACGAGCCAGAAAUGUGCGACAGUUCUUGUCAAACCCGUGAAAGCCUUUUUGAUCCCCGUAUAUCCGAUCCCCGAGUAUCUCCGGGUUUUUCGACCUUUGGGUACCGCAGCGGUAGCUCUCAAAACGGGCUAGGUACGUCUGCCUCUCGUAAGCCCUCACAAGGUCAGUUAUCUUCGCAAAGCCCCAAGCAAAGUCUCUCAAGCACUCCAAGAUCACGUUUUCCGUCUGAGCCCUGCUCCAUUUGUAAUUCAGAUUCUCGAGGUCACGUUACCAACGGAAUUAUUUGUUCAAGACACAACACCCCGAUACCCGCUCCCCCAGGAUGGUCAUUUCACGAGCACGAAAGCUACUCGCCCCCGAUUCAGUCGACGGAACUAGCCACAGAGUCCGAGUACCCGAGCUACCACAGAUACCAGAGUCCGAAACCAGAACGCGCACCACCUGGUUUCAAAGAACCGAUUCUCUCCCGGCAGCCGACCAUCGGAUCUGGCGAGAGGUACGGAAGUCUCUAUGGGUCCGGUCGCGGCUCCUCCAAUCCAACCAACAGCUCUCAACACUCGGACACGCCGAAAUGCCCGCUCUCGGACCCGCGGUAUCGCGCAGAAGCGAUCAUCGAGAUUGACCAAAAGAGGCCUUUUAGCAUAGAAAGCACCAAAAGCGCCCCCGACGUUAUUGCGACUCACUGACGACGGGAAGCUGGGGAUUGGGAGCCGUACAAGAGACGCCAUCCCCGUGUGUCAUACAAUAUCUCUGGGCGAGUACCUCUGAUAAACGUCGGCACACAGAGCUCGCUCGACGAAAACGAUACGUGCUUUACAAAGUUUAAGUACCCCUUGGAGCAGCUGAUGACUUCUUGAUCCACGUUUACCCCCGCAUUGCCUCUCGAAGGGCAAAGUCUUGGUGUAAAUGGUACGUUGGAACCUGCCGAGGAUCUGCUGAUACUCAAACCACCGGAAGAAUUUCAAACGCCGAUAAAUACUUGGCGCCACUGCGGGUGCAACGUUCAGCAUUCCCAGUUAAGUAAUUUACGCGCUACGAUGCCUUGUUGCCUUCUUAAACGCUGUUCUCAGGAUAAUUUUUAUCGUACUUGGCCUACUAGGAUAAUUAAACGGACAAUACCUAAAAAAAAAAGUACUGGAACACAAAGUUCACCGGGAAUCAAUGGUGAUGGGCCAACGGGAGUCGAUCGAUUCGUUUGGUUUACCGGUUCAACUGAGAGUGGAUCAUUCACAAGAGAGAUUGGUGUGUCAAUACCUUUCUAGGGGGGAUUUAGCUGCCGGCAGCAUUUUCAACGUAAUCAUCCAGGCUUUGUUACCUUUUGAAGGUGCCCAAGACAAAAUGCGGAUAAUUGAAGACUCAGGAAUAAUUGAUUUUCUAUCAAAAGCAACUAAACUCUACGCACAGUUCACUUAACUUGAUCGUUUUUAAUUAUUCUUUUUUUUUUUUUUUUUUUCUAGUCGUCAAUCCGACGACUUUUAAACAUCGAGUCAUCACUGCCACGUUUUUUUUAUUUUUUUAAAUAUAUAGAGUCUAAUAAAUUUGAUUAUUUAUUAUAUUUAUAUUAAUAUUAAUAGAUAUAUAUUAUUGUGUAGACAAAUACAUAUCGCUGUCCCGGAGGCAGAACUUUUUAAAUUAUAAGUUUUUAAGAUUUAUUUCUUUUUUUUUUUUUUUUUAGAUAAUAAAAUCACCGCGAUGAGUAAAAUAAUAGUUUUCAUAAUAAAUAAAAUAAAUUAUUUAA